UAGUUUUUUUUUUUUUUUUGUUGAGGUCGGUCCAUCUUCUCUCCGUCUCCCUUCCUCGUCAUCAGAAACCCUAAAGAUCAGAUCUUUCGAAAUUGAAAUUGGACUUUCUCGUCACUUUCUCAGGGAAAAAUAGAGUCUGGUAUUUGCUUCAUGAAUGAAGAGGUUAUGAUGGGUGAUAAUGAUGGAUCAAUCCUUGUUAACAUUGUCAUUAAGGAGAAUGAGAAUCCUAAUUUUGAUUGUCAUGAGGAAACUUUGCCCCUGCACUCUCGUUUGGUUCUUGACCAAACAGCGUGUAAAGAUGAGUAUGGACAUUGGUUGUAGGAAGAGCAAAGUAUGGAAUUUUGUAGUAAGAAUAGUUUGUUGCAUGAGAAGACUAGAGAGAUUGCUGGCUUGCGCCGGGAACUAGAGUUGCUUACUAAGUUGCUUAGUACAAGUCAUGAAAAUGGGGACGUUGAGGCUUUGGAGGGUAAAAAAAGAGCUAAUCAGUUGUUCUGCAAACACUCUGAAAGCAGUGUAGAAUCUGUCACGUUGACGCCUCUGAAGUUGGAAGAUUUGAGACAGCUAUCGCGUGAAGAGUUGAUCAACUACUUUAGGACCGAGAUGAUUGAGUUGAAAAGAGAGCAUGAUUAUACGAAUCAAGAGAUGACUGAAGAAUACUUUAGCAUUAAGCGAAGGUGCUUGAAGUUGGAGAAGUGUGGUUCAUUUUCUUCUUUGAAGACAGACAAGGAGUUUUUUGAUGUGCUGCGAAAGAAUCUCCCGGAUAUCAUUUUGAGGUUGGAUGAGGUGUUAUUGGAAGGUGGGAAGUCUGUUGUAUUUGAAGCUACGAACGAUGACGAUGUCAAGAGCCAAUUGGAUUCUCUGCUUCUAGAGAACUGCCAACUUAAAGAUUCACUUUUAGAGGCUGGCAAGAAGAUAUCAAAGCUUUCUCAGGUUGAGGAAAACCAUCGAAAUUUGAUCAGUAAGCUUGAAGAUUCACAUGCUGAAGCUUCUGUCCAUGAGUAUUGCGCGGUAAUAUACAAAGAAGCUUUCAAGGAAGCAGCUUGGAGAAUUGAAAAUGAAUGUAGCAGAAAAGGAACAAGCUUUGAGAUCAGAGGUGCUUGAGAAGGAAAUAUUACAAGAGGAGAUUCAUUUGUUGGAAUGUCAUGUUAAGGAGAAAGAGAAUUUACUUCAGAGACAGGAGAAUGAUUUGGCUACAGAGAGGGAGAAACUUCAGAUAGCCUUUCAACAGAUUAACAGUCUGCAAUAUCAGAUUGAGCAGCAAGUUAUAGUGAUUGAAGAUAAGGAGAAAGAAGUAAAAGCUGUUUCAGCUCGAGCUCUGGAGAAAACAGAAGGUUAUGAGAUGGAGAUAUCUGAGUUGGAACAGAAGCUUGAGUUAGCUAGAAACAAUAUGAAGAUAACCGAACAUGAGAAAGUGAAGUCCGAGCUAAAAUUAUCAUCAAUGGAGGCAGAGCAAAAGAGGCUUAAGAAUCAGUUUGUAUCGAUGGUUCUGAAUCUUUCUAAGUGGAGCAAAGAUUUUGACAAUCUCGAAUGCAUGGUAGCAGAAAAGACGAUAAAGACAAGUUCUAGGUUAAAAAGUAUGCAAAGCCAAUUAAGUGAUCUCUUAGAUGAAGUUGAUGAACUCAAGACAAGAGAAUCAAUUUUCAAGCAACUAAUGGAGAAGAAGACUUGUGACCUCCAAAAGGCUGAGACUGAGGUUGCUCUCCUUGGCAAUGAAAUCGAAUCUCUUAUGGACCUUCUUAAGAAAAUUUAUAUAGCUCUUGAUCAUUAUUCUCUAGUCCUGAAGCAUUACCCUGGCAUUAUCGAGAUCUUGAAGCUUGUCCGGAGAUAAUUAAGAGGGGAAUCGAAGAGACUAUCAGUCUUCUAACCAAGUUUCAUAUGAUCAAACCAAUUCUUCUCACAAGUUUCAUUAUACUUAUGUUGUACAUAUCCAAAUCCUCUAUCAAUGUAUUUCUUUUCCUUGUUGAGUAGGUAUGUUUAGAAACUAAAGACAGAUCAUCAAUAACAAGAAUUAGAAUUUGACAAAAAGAUUCUUAUGCACUUGUACAUAUGUACCAUAACUACAGUAAGGAAAAAA